AUGGAUAUGUCAAAAGCAGUAACUAAAUUCUAUGAUUCAAAGAAAAAAAAGGUUGUUGUGAUACCAUCACGAGUCCUAAUUAUAUUAAAACCAAAAAUUAUUCAAAUAAUUAUCGGAGAUAAAUCCACUAAAUUAAAAAUGGCUCCAGAAUGGUUUAAACAUGACAAUCAAAAUGAAUCAUUAAAGAAUAUUGUUUAUCCUGAAGGUAUCACUGAGAAUGAACAACAUCAAUUUAAUGUUGUAGCUCAAUAUCGUGCGGCUAACGACAAGCCAAAUAAUAAUUUUCGUAAAGCAACACUUGACCCUAAUGAAAGCAAUACUGAAACACUUAUAAUUGCUCUAGACAAUUUUGUUCAACAAUUUGGUGGAGAACUAAGUUUUACUAAUGAAGAUUUAACAUUUAAAGAGCCAGCUCAGCGUACAGCUUGUGGUAUAAGUGACUUGAGUAGUGCUCACUUAUUAGCUACUAAUUAUAUUCCUACAGCCCAAUUCAGUUUCGUAGUUGAUCUUAAUUAUCAAACUGAUCUUGCUCGAUCAAGUGAAACAAUGCAAAAUUUUGUAUUAGAUUUUUCUAAUGCCAUAGCUGAAGUACUAACCUGUUCAAAUGAUUAUGUUCGAGUUACAUCUGUUAAUAAACUAGAAAAAAAUCGACGUCAAACGAAAAUCAACUUUGGUUUAACGACGCCAGAUCCAACAGAAACACAAAAACUUGUCGAAGAUCUUAAGGCUCGAGCUCGCAAUGGCUUCGCAAAUCAUCGAAUUCUUAAACAUGUUCAAAAAAACGAAUAUGAUUAUAAAUGGAAGCCUCUCAUAACGUAUUUUCAGCUACAACCAACUGAUUUCGCUCCAGAAUUCAAUAUUGAUUACACAUCAAGUAUGCCUACAGAAGAUAAACGUGGAGGUUUUCCAUAUUAUUUACCCAUUGGAUGGUACCGUCAUGCACUUAAAGUUGUUGAUAAAUAUCCGGAAGAUAAACUAUGGCUUGGUAGUAAUAAUCUUGAUGGAGAAUGGCCUGUUGCUUUUCAUGGUACUCAUGGAGGAGCUGUUAAAGGUAUUAAAGAAAAAGGUCUUUUAAUCACUAAAGUCGAUCUGAUGAGAGAAGAAGCUGUUGAACAGAAAGGAAAAUACUUUGAUCGGCCAGGACUUUAUGUAGCAACACAUUGUACUGGUGGAUCACAUCCAACAUAUACAACACCAUUUACCAUCAGAAAAUCGCCAGACAUAACUGAGACAUUUCGAGUUGUUUUUCAAUGUCGUGUCAAACCAGAUGCAUUCACAAUACACAAAGGGCCGGUUCAAGAAGGCUAUGCAUGGCGUUUUGUUGAUCCUGAUGCUAUUCGUCCAUAUGGUAUUUUGAUCAAAAAUGAAAACACAGAGGAGCCAAGUCUAGAAGAUGCCAACUAA